AUGUCGCAUCCACAACCUACGAUGCCCCCGAGGCAGUUCUCGCCUCAGCAGCAUUCUCCGAAUCAACCUUAUCAGCUUCCUCCCAAUAAACGAGCUAGAUUAUCUCCUGGCCCCCCGUCAAAUCCAGGUUCGCCCUAUCCGAACUAUGCCCCAAGUCCCAGAGCUACUACUCCGGCGACUACACCGAUGACCCUACCCUCACCGGCUCCUGCUCCUAACCACAACAUUAAUCAAGUUCCUGCGGCAGCCGCUUACAACACCCCUUACCAACAACCGAAUGGCCGAUCUGCAUCUGUUGGCAUGACACUUACGAUGCCAACAGCGGUAUCAACACCACCUCUAGCAUCGCCUCAACCGCAGACUCCCAAUAUUAGCCACGCGCCUUAUUCUAACGCGAAGCUUGCGCCAGUUCCUACCAGUACCUCAUUCACUUCUUCGGCACAUCCGGUUAUCACCAACAUGGGACCACCGACUAUGAACCCCGCGGCGUCUUUCUCGUCCAUCGAUGCGACAAGACAAGGCCUCAAGCCUGCAUCGACCAAGGCAGACGUCACAUACGACGUGGAUGAUAUGCUUGUAGGCACCGGUAUCGAUCUAGAAGAGGAGGCAGAGUACUUGAAUAAUUUAGAGUCUCGUGGAUUCCCUAAUUACCCACCUGGUGGGCCGGAGACUUUGUAUGGAGCUGGACCUGCCAAUCAACCUGCUCAACCUACCAAUGCGAAAACGCAGGAGGAGCUUGCUGCGGAGAGUGCAGAUAGAGCCUGGAACGACGCAGCGGCACGGCUUGCCCGGACUAGAAGUCAGGAAAUAGCCAACUACCUGUUAGAACCGGGCGUGGUGCACAAGCGAAUGGCGGACACAGCUGCCAAGUAUGGUCUCAACUUGAAUGUGGACCUAAAGCCGGAUGGGGGACGGUUUAUGGGGAAAAUGGCAAGUCCUGCCGGCGCCAAACCGGAGAUCAAGGUUAUGUACCAAAAGUCUCCGGAUGGCACAGUGGUGCAGACGCUCGGCUCGUUUAUCCCUCACGAUGCUUUUCUCGUCGACCAAAUCGCGCUGCUGUCGAUAAGUACGAAACAGCACUUGCGAGAACUGGUUGGUGAUGCAAAUCGGGUUUCCACUACGCGACAGAAGACCUCUCAUGGCGCUAUACCUUCCGAAUGGCUUGAUGCAGCCGUUAUACCAUCGGCCGACGCGAACGGGGCCCAGGGUGAGGGCCCGCGGACGGGUGCGGAGAGCGCGGCUCGGCGGAAUGAGCUUAGUAAUGGACUGCCGACGCCAGUGUCGGAAGCCUCUCCUAUUAACCCUAUAGUAGAAGCCAUGACAGGAACCGUAAAGGAUGCGCGCAACGCCGAAGAGGCUCGGCUUAGAAAACGGCUGAAGCGCAUAGAGAAAAGCACCGACAAGGACAAGGAAGGCGGUGAUAGUACGUCGCGAGCCGGGUCCGUGGCGCCAGGCACACCUGGAUCAACGGCACCGGAUUCAGGUGAGGUGAAAGCUCCUACGAAGAAGGAGAGCAAGAAGGCAGCGAAACUCGCAGAGGCAAGCAGUACGACUGUGAACCAAACGUUAGGCGGCCCAGGCAGUGGGGCAAGUACUCCUCGACCUCAAGCUGCGGGCGCACCGGGCACGCCAGGUUCCACAGCCGCAGCUAGCAACAAGGCUCCUCGUGGACCCCUGACGAAGGCGGGCGUCACUCACCUCGGGCAGUUCCGCGAGGAUUCGGAUAAAGGAAAGAAUAUCCAACUUCGUGACUGGGUCGUCGUUAUAGAAGAACGCGGCUUCGACAUGAAGGCUCUACAGCAGGCUUAUGACAUCUUGGAUAGGUCUGCCAAGGGCACGGCGAUAGGGCAGAUAUGCUCGUCCAACUCGAUGGCGCAUAAUCUCGAGCAAUGCGUCAAGCUCGUGGGCCAAGCUGCGGCUGCUGGAGCGAAAAUCCUCUUCCUCCCCGAAGCAUCCGACUACAUCGGCUCCUCGGCCCAAGAAUCCCUCUCCCUCGCCAAACCCCUCGCCACCUCGCCCUUCGUAUCGGGCCUGCGCUCCGCCGCCGCAAAGCACAACCUCGCCGUACACGUCGGCAUCCACGUGCCCGUCUCCGUGAAGCCGUCUCUCUCCCCUAGCAACCCAGUCCUAUCUUCUGUUCCGCACUCCGAGGACCCGGAUUCUAUUCCUCCUCCCCUUCCUUCUUCUACUACUGUUUCUACUUCUACUACUCCUCCAACAUCAGAACAACCAACUACCAAAGGGGGAGAAAAAGAACCAGAACCAGAACCAGAACCAAACCCCUCCCCCCAAACCAAACUCUACAACCGCACCAUCCUCAUCAACCCCGACGGCACCCUCCACCCCACCGCCUCCUACAACAAGCUCCACCUCUUCGACUACCCCGACGCCUCCCUCCGCGAAUCCACCACCACCCAAGCCGGAACAGCAUUCACGCCCCCCUUCGACACCCCCGUCGGCCGCAUCGGCAGCCUAAUCUCCGCCGCCCAGGUCGGCACGCAUAACCCGGGCCUGUCGCCCCGCAUGAGCUACGGCCGGAGCCUCGUAGUCGAUCCCUGGGGGCGCGUCAUGCUUUCGCUGAGAGGCGUGCGGGAGAAGAAAGAAGGCGAGAACGGGGGUGGUGGUGGUGGUGGUGGGUACGAGGUUGAGGAGGGGGCCGUGGGGGAGUUAGGACUAGUAGAUGUGGAUUUGGGCCUGUGGGAGAAGAUUCGCGAGCAGAUGCCGCUUGUGAGGAGGACGUAUGUUGCCUUACCCCCCUUCUUCCCUUAUACGUGA